AUGGAAGUUGGUGGCGGUGACGGUGGCGCUGGAGGUGGUGUUGAUGGAAGUCGAUGGCGGUGGAAGGUAGUUGAGGUAGCGGUGGUGGAAGGCAACUACGGUGGUGACGGUGGCGGUGGCAAUGGCAAUGAUAGUGGUGGAAAGCGGUGGCAGUGGUGGAAGUCAGUGGUGGCGGUAGCCAUGGUGGAGGUGGCAGUGGCGCUGGCUAAAGGCAAUGGAGGUGGCGGCGGUGUGGUGGUUGAAGAUGGCAAUAAUGGUGGUGGUGACAGUGACGGUGGUGGAGAAAGUUGGCAAUGGUGGUGGUGA